AUGCACUUCCAUGUACUCGGUCUGGGAUCUAUUGGCACUCUACUCGCCCACCACAUCCGUCGCACCGUUGACCCCAAGCAUGCCGUCGUCCUCAUGCACAAGGACAAGUCCCGCCUCCUGGAGGCGACUCGCAAGGGAGGUGCCAUCAGCGUGCAGAGUCGCGGUGUCCAGGAGACCUCGACGGGUUACGAGCACGACCUCGUCGACGCAUACCACCAGCCGAUCGACAACACCGCGAACGUCACCUAUCAAGCCCAGCAGAAGUUCCGGGAAAAACAGCGCAGAGUUGUCGACAACACACCCAUCCAGUCGCUCUUCGUCACCCUCAAGGCAUACGCCAUCCUUCCCGCCCUUCGCCUUCUAUUGCCCCGCAUCCGCCCAAGCACCACGAUCGUCCUUAUGCACAACGGGUUGGGAGUUUACGAACGUCUCAUAGACGAGCUUUUCCGCAACUCUGUCAACCGGCCACACUUUAUCCUGACUUCGAAUACGCACGGUGCAUACACUAUCGAAAACCGGCUCUUGUCUGUCGUGCAUGCCAGUACGAAGGGUAGUGCCCUCAAAUUUGGCGUCGCCCCCGAUCCUCGGGGCCGACCUCUGGAGCAGGGUAUACUCCCAGGAGAGCAAGCCCUCUCGCUUGACGCGCUCUCGACCUCAGAUGACCCUGACGCUGCACAUUAUGCUUCCCUUCGCAACACGGUGACGGUCCUCAGCAACCUCGUAGGGCUGAACUCGUCCUGGAUACCUCUCUCAGAUCUCCUAGUGGAGAUGAAGCGCAAGGUCGUCGUCAACUCUGUCAUUAACCCCCUCACGGCCAUCAUGAACUGUCGCAACGGCGACGUCGCUACCAGCCCUCAUACUGCUCGUAUCUGUCGUGCCAUCUGUGAGGAGGCGUCACUCGCAUUCGCUUUGCAAUACAACGAACAGUGCAUUACGGGCGAACGACCACCACUACACUUAAUACCGCCUUUAACGCCGAACGCACGGGAUGCGGUGCUAUCUCGCUUGCCGACCACUCUUCGUGCAGACGCCUUGAUGAAGCAAGUUUACCGGGUGGCGACGGAUACCCGUUUCAACACUUCUUCGAUGCUACAGGACAUACGCACAAACCGCAAGACGGAAGUCGACUACAUGAACGGCUACCUUGUUUCUCUUGGGCGCCGUUACAAGCUGCAAAUGCGCGCGACAAGCAUGCUUGCCAAUAUGGUCCACUUACGCCAAGAGAUACCACUCGACCUGCUCAUGGAUCUCCCUCGUCCAGAAGUAAUCAAGGAGCAGUUUGGGACACCGCAAGAUGAGAGGGUCAUGCAUCGCGCAUGGACACUGGUCAAGAUGCGCAAAUUCAAACGCACAAGAUAUCGGUCAGAGUCGGUCCAUACACGCAGGGUGUUGCACGCCAAGCGGAGACGAGCGGGCAAGGUCGCUAGGGCACAUUCAGAGACACCUAUCAACGCUCCCAAUACCUCCGGCAUCGACGAUGGCAAGAAGUGGCAGUAUUAG